AGGGAGACCGGAGAAUUUGAGAGAAAGUGGGUAGGAAGGACAGGGAGUACCGAGGGGAACCGUAGGCAGGAGGGAGAGGGGAAGGAGAUGGAAGGGCCGACAGAGGAGGGACAGGGCAAAGGAAAGAGGGACUGCGGUGGGUAGGGGGCGCCGCAGGGGAUGAGAAGGAAGCCAAGCAGGGUGGGUGGGUGGAGGAGGGUGCAGGAGCUGUGCCAGCCUCGGGAGGAACCCCAGAAGUGCCCUCAACCGAACCCCACGCCAGGUUACGCUGGAAAUGUCUCCCAGCUGGAACCUUGAAAGAUGGCAAAGCAGAUGUGGGGCAGGAGCUCGUCACACCUGUAUCUGUCCAGUCCCCCUCCCCCCCCAGAAAGAAAGGUGUGUCUCAAGUACAGCUGAUAGCAAAUCCCUGUUCUUCCAUAACUGAGCUUUUGAUGAGAAUUUCUGCAGACGGAGACUUUAAAAUUUUAACUUUUCACCUGCUGUUGCUGAUUUCCACCAAAUCCUAUUCAUAAAAUUUCUACCAACAUUUGGCCUAUUGUAACUACCCUUUUAAAUGUAUUGUUGUUGCAGAAUGAUUAAUUAAAUAUUUUGAGUAUUCCUUUGAAUUUGAACAGAAGACUUUUGGGAAUGCUUAGAACUCAUAAUGUCUGAAUAGAAUGGGUCAUCAUUGUCUCUUGAGAUCUUGAGGAAUGUGCCUGGGGGGGCGGGGACGUGGAGGAGGAAGCUGAUGCCGACUGGCAAGUGCUGUAGCAUUAAAGUUCUGUGGGCAUCGCUUAACCUUGUUUGAAGGCACACCCAGAUUUCAUCAAAUGAGGGGCUUUGAAGUCUGGGUAGCAUUUGGUGGGUUAGGAGCAUUUGUGGGAGAGAGGACCACCUGUGAGAAGGUAGGAGUUGUGAAAUGUUUGUGUUCAUCUGUGGUUGGAAGUCAAGUAAAGUAUGUAACUUACUCGGGGAUGUUCCUCGCGUGGCGGUGUAAUGAGUGUGCUGCACUGCACUCUGAAGACAGCCUUGAGCCAGUGGUCAUAAAUUAAGCAUGACAGUGACAAAUCUGUGUUCAGAAAGCAUGGACCGGAGUAGGGAGGAGACAAGAGGCCGUCCUUCAGCUGUCCAGUAGCGAGGAGUCUCAAGCUGUUGCCCUGGAUAGAGUACUGUGCCGUCACAGCUCACAGCAACCUCAAACUCUUGGGCUUAAGUGAUUCUCUUGCCUCAGCCUCCCAAAUAGAUGGGACUACAGGUGCCCGCCACAACCCAGAAUCAUUUUGAGAGAAGAAGUCCAUCUUACCCAUCUUCUCCCAGUUUUUCCAGUUCUGGACUUUCCAUCUGUGGAUGUAUCUGUUCUGGAUGCUUCAGCUAAAAAGAAUCAUAGGAUAUGCGUCGUUGUGUCUGGAUGUUUUCGCUUAGUGGGUUUCCAAGGUUCAUCCACAUUGUGGAAAAUUUCAAAAAUGUUUCAAAUUCCUGUGGAAAAUCUUGACAACAUCAGAAAGGUACGAAAAAAGGUGAAAGGCAUUCUUGUGGAUAUUGGGCUUGACAGCUGCAAAGAGUUACUGAAGGACCUUAAAGCUUUUGAUCCAGGAGAGAAGUACUUCUGUAACACAACAUGGGGAGAUGUUUCUCUUUGGGAACCAUCUGGGAAGAAAGUGAGAUACCGAACAAAGCCAUACUGUUGUGGCCUCUGUAAAUACUCUACAAAAGUUCUUUCUUCAUUCAAAAAUCAUUUACAUCGUUACCAUGAAGAUGAGAUUGACCAGGAGCUGGUGAUCCCUUGCCCAAACUGUGUGUUUACAUCUCAACCUAAAGUUGUGGGAAAGCACUUCAGAAUGUUCCAUGCACCCAUUCGGAAAGUUCAGAACUACACAGUGAAUAUUUUGGGCGAAACUAAAUCGCCUAGGAGUGACGUGAUAAGUUUUACAUGUUUAAAAUGUAACUUUUCAAACACUUUGUACUAUAGCAUGAAGAAGCAUGUGCUGGUGGCCCAUUUUCACUACCUGAUUCACACCUACUUUGGGCUGCGAACAGAGGAAGGUACACAGCCGAAAACUAAUGACACUCCUUCUGCAGAGAAGAUCCCAUCAUCUGACAAAUACUACUGUAAAAAGUGCAGUGCCAAUGCCAGCAGCCAGGAUGCAUUGAUGUAUCACAUUUUGACAUCAGAUAUACACAGGGAUUUGGAAAAUAAGCUUAGAUCUGUGAUUUCAGAACAUAUUAAGAGGACUGGACUUCUGAAGCAGAUGCACAUUGCUCCCAAGCCAACAGCACAUGUGGCGGCGCCCCCCAGCAGCAGUGUGCCCGGCGUGGCAGCCCCGCCUUCACGCUUCCGCCUGGCCUUGCCUCAGAGCAGUCCUAGCCCAGCUGCUAUGCAGCCUGUGACUCUGGCCCCGAGUGCUCCCGGGAGCCUCACUCAAUCCCCUCCAGCCUCUGCUCAGUCCCGUGUGACUCUGGUCUCUAGCCCUCUGCCCAUGGGCCAGAGUACCCUCAGCCUGCCAUCCUCCACACCGCAACCCGUCUUUCUCUCUCAUGGGGUUCCCCUCCCUCAGGCUGUAAAUCCUCCUGUGCUGCCAUUGAGUCAGCCUGUGGGACCCAUAAACAAGCCUGUCGGAACUGGUGUCCUCCCCAUAAGCCCGACUGUCCGCCCUGGGGUUUUACCCCUCACGCAGCCUGUGGGGCCUGUGAGGCCUGGCGUCCUUCCUGUUAGUCACUCUGUCACCCCUGGGGUUCUUCAGGCUGUCUCACCAGGGGUGAUUUCUGUGAGUCGGGCAGUCCCAGCAGGGGUUAUUCCCUCAGGCCAGAUGACCCCGGCUGGGGUUAUCCCUGGACAGACAGCAACCUCUGGGGUUCUUCCUCCUGGCCAGAUGGUCCAGUCAGGAGUGCUCCCUGUUGGCCAGACGGCCCCAUCACGGGUUCUUCCUGCUGGCCAGGUCGUCCCGUCAGGGCUACUUUCUCCCAACCAGACAGUCUCUUCAGGAGUUGUCCCUGUGAGCCAAGGUGUGAAUUCUGGUGUUCUUCAGCUCAAUCAGCCUGUCAUGCCAGGAGUCUUCCCCGUGGGCCAGCCUAUGAGGCCUGGGGUUCUGCAACUCAGUCAGCCUGUCAGCACCAACAUUCUGCCUGUGAGCCAGCCAUUUAGACCUGGCUCGGCACAGAAUACUACUUUCCUCACUUCAGGCUCUAUUCUCAGACAGCUCAUACCUACAGGGAAGCAAGUGAAUGGGAUUCCAACCUAUACGCUGGCCCCAGUGUCUGUCACCCUGCCAGUGCCCCCUGGAGGGGUUGCAACGGUGGCCCCACCACAGGUGCCUAUCCAGCUCCUGCCGCCGGGUGCAGCUGCCCCAGUGGCUAGCUCCCUGCCUGGUGUGCCCUCGCCACCUGUGCUGGUAAGCGCCUCCCAGAGCGUGUUCAUUCAGGCCCCUUCCCCUGUGGCAGAUGCUAGCCAGGCGCUCAGGCAGGCCAAGCAAUGGAAGACAUGCCCUGUCUGCAAUGAGCUCUUCCCCUCAAAUGUCUACCAGGUGCACAUGGAGGUGGCCCACAAGCACAGUGAGUGCAGGGCUGGUGACAAGCUUGAGCCUGAGAAACUGGCUGCGUGUGCGCCGUUCCUCAAGUGGAUGAGAGAGAAGACAGUGCGCUGUCUUUCCUGCAAAUGUCUGGUCUCUGAGGAGGAGCUUAUACACCACCUCCUAAUGCAUGGUCUGGGCUGCUUGUUCUGUCCACACACGUUCCAUGACAUCCGAAGUCUUUCAGAGCAUAGCCGGACUGUUCACCUCGGGAAGAAGAAGUUACCUGUGGAUUAUAGUAACAAAGGUUUCCAGCUAGAUAUUGAUGCUAACGGCAACUUGCUGUUUCCCCACCUGGACUUCAUUACUGUCUUGCCAAAGGAGGAACUUGGGGAGCGGGAAGUCUACCUGGCAAUCCUUGCAGGGAUACACUCCAAGUCCCUCGUGCCUGUAUAUGUAAAGGUGCGGCCUCCAGCCGAGGGCACGUGCAGGAGCCCUAGCAAGCAGGUGUCAACCUGCCCCUUUUGCUUUGGCACCUUUGUGGCGCCAGAGGCAUAUGAGCUGCAUCUGAAAGAGAGGCACCACAUCAUGCCUACGGUGCACACAGUGCUCAAGGCCCCUGCCUUCAAGUGCAUUCACUGCUGCGGGGUCUACACUGGCAACAUGACGCUGGCCGCCAUUGCCGUCCACCUGCUGCGCUGCAGGAGUGCCCCCAAGGACAGCGGCUCAGACCUGCAGGGCCAGCCUGACCCUGUGGAAAACAGUGAGUCGCUCCUGGUGAAUGGUGAGGUGGUCCCUGACACUGCCUCUUCUGUGAAGAGGAAGCUGCCCGACGGCCACUCAGGGGCUGAAGCCCAAAGGGCUGGGGAGGACACGCCUCUUGUCCUGAGUGUGGAUGCAGCCCCAGUUCUGGAAAAAGGGGCCAGCGUUGUGCCUUUUAAAAGACAAAGGAAUGAAACCAGGACAGAGGGGCUGGUCGCUAGUGAUGAUGCUCUUCAGAUUUUAGCAUUAGAUCCUAAGAAGUACGAAGACCGUUCUUAUGAAGAAAAGAAACAGUUUCUUAAAGAUUAUUUCCAUAAGAGACCAUAUCCUAGUAAAAAGGAAAUAGAACUGUUAUCUUCACUUUUAUGGGUGUGGAAAAUUGAUGUGGCUUCAUUUUUUGGAAAAAGAAGGUAUAUUUGCAUGAAAGCAAUAAAAAAUCACAAGCCUUCUGUACUUUUAGGCUUUGACAUGUCUAAACUCAAAAAUGUUAAACACAGAUUGAACUUUGAAUAUGAACCACAGAAUUUGUAAAAAAAAAAAAUUAGUGAAUCUAAAGUACUAGGUAAUAGUUUUUUCACUGUGUUGAAUUAAUUCCAGUGGUCUUUAUGCUGCUCUUUAGAUUUAUUUCAGGUGCUCAAAAAGGCUUCUAUAUAAGGAAGCAAAUAGUUCGUUCAGAUUUAUUAUAACAGUUCUUUUCUUUUUUUUCACCUUUGUCAUGUAAAUUAAAUCUUUUGGUAUUUCAUGCACGCCUUGUUUUCCCAGCUUUGUUAGUAUCGUGUGGAAAAAAACAGAAAUGUACAAAUAUUUCUUCUUUCAUUUAAGGAAAUUUCAACCAGUUGCAGAAUACUUGAUAGCUGUGAGCUGGAUGUUGAUCCCCCUCAGCUUUGUGUGUGGAGCUGUGGGCACCGGCCCGCAGAGCGGGCAGCUCUUGGAGGGCGGACUGGAAACCCAUGCUGCUCUUUAUAAGCUAUUUGCUUAUUAGAUUACAAUUUUGAUCUACAUUUUUUCAGGUUUGUCCUAACAGCUGUUUGUGUUUUUUAAUUUUUUAUCAUAACUCAUAGAAAACCAAGUGUUUUUAUUUGUUAAAAAUAUACUGAAUCUGAGGUCUGGUAUGUCGCUCACAAACCAAGAGUUAUUUUUACAAAUGAAGUAAUUCUGUAGAUACUGAGAUCAGUUUUCAGUGUAGACUUUCCCCCUUUUUUGAUACAGUGAUAAGUCAUUUCUCUAUUCAAAGGUAAGAAAGUAAAUCUCUAGUGCCUUUAGAAGAAACAUUGAAAAAACACAUCCAAAAAUGCUUCUACACUAACUGCUGAUAAACUAGUGAAAGGGAAGGACUAUGAUACUCAGGAAUAAAGUUACUGCCCCUGAGUAUGGAUCCUCAAACUUCAACUUAGGUUUUCAGGGGACAGGGUGAAGUGUGUGGUCCGGGGUUUGCUUCUCUGAGGUUGGCGACUGAGUCCUUGAUAGCAUGUCCUAGAGGCAGUGCUUCCUGGGGAGACUGGCUUUUCUCCAGCCCCGUGUCUGGGUGGGUGGGACAGUGUGCUGCUAAAGAAUCUCUGUUGUGUCCUUUAGAUGUUAAAUCUCAUUUUUUCCCACUAAAAUAAAACACCAGAACCAGUAAGGGAGACCAGUUUAGACCAUAAGUCAUAUUGCUGGUGAUGCAUAACAGAGGAACAUGUCUAACAUCUUUAGAUAGAAAUAUUUGGAGGACGUGACAGCCUCUGAGAAAUAUGUUACUAUAUGAAUUUUUACAAAUAUACUUGCAUGUAAUUGCUAUAAUGUGCAUUUUUGAGCAAUUGUGAAACCGAUCUGUGAUUGUUGGUGUUUUCUGUUGUAAAUUGAAAAAGAGCUUGUUGAACUUUAUUAUUUUUUUUUUAAGGUAUUGUUUUCAGAGUGUCUAUUUUGAAUUAAAAUUUGUUACA